AUGGAGGAAUAUAAAGCUAAAGAAGAAGCUGCGCUAGAGGAAGUUAAGGUAGCCUUUAAGGAGUUGGAUGAUUAUCUUCCAAAAGGGAAUAUGGACAUGGUUCACGGAGCCAUUUAUAAAAUACGAAUGUUGUAUUCAGUCAUGUAUUCAGCACCACCAGACUUCAUCGCGGAGUAUCGUAAAAAAUUAGCAAAACUUAUCACAGCUCAUGGUAAAUUCGUACCCGUUGUCUGCGACAGUAUUGUCAAGGUCAUCAAAGAGAAUAAUUUCCAUGGUAACGAUGAAAAUCCAGCAGCUAAGAAGAAUUAUGCAUUGAUAGACAUGUGUAAUGUAUCGUUUUUAAACUACUCUGAUUGUUCUGACUUGUUUCGUGAGCAGUAUGGUAAACAGGAAGAGGUCAUCAAGGUCAUGGCCGAGAAACUGUUUGAAUGGGCACCAGGUCAUAUUAAAGGAACACUACCAGCAGAAGAAGAGAAAAUCGUAAAAAGAUUUUUAGGAAUAGCACAUAAUCUGGCGAUACUGCCUGAAAAUGUUAAUAUGUUACGUAAAUAUGAUUAUGUCAAAGCUAUAGCACCUUAUUUAGAAUCUCAAAGUGGAAUGUAUACUUUAUCUGCUCUGGCAACGCUGGCUGAUAUCCUUAACGAGGAGGAAUGUCAUCUUUUACAAACAAACGAAGGCAGUAUCAAGUUUCUGUUGUUAAAAUUAGGUAAUGCCAGUGUAAGAUCUGAUCGUAGAGACGCUGGUUGGUCGGCCGCAGAACUCGGCAGGACUGUGGGAAGAUUAGCAAGGAAUGAUGGUAACAAGAAACUGUUAGUUACAUUGGGUGCCCUCCCCUUGCUGUUAGCCUUGACUACAUCGAACAUCAAGAUUGAGCAGGAAGAAUCUAUCGAGGCCCUGUGGGUGUUGGCUUUCGAUGAAGAAAACCAACCGAAGAUGGUGGCUGAACCCAACUUGAUAGAAACCAUUGAUAAAUUACGGAGAACAACAGAGGGAAAUGUUAAAAAACUAUGUAAUGGUAUACUCUGGACUCUGCGAAAUGUUUUAAAAGUGAAUAACAAAUUCAAACAUCUGGUGAAAAAUUUCCAAGAGAAAUUAGAAAGGGAAAAAACCAACUUAAAAAAGAACGAGAGUUCAGAUGCUGAAGAUCAAGGUCAUGUGAUGAUCAGCUACCAAUGGGGUCAUCAGAAUAUUUUGAAGCAAGUUAGCAGUGAACUGCGUAAAGAAAAGCGAAUAGUGUGGAUGGAUAUCGACAAUAUGGAGGGCAGCACCUUACAAGCCAUGGCUAACGCGAUAGAGGGCGCUAAAGUGGUCAUCUGUUGCAUGUCCCAGAAAUACAAGGACAGUCCCAAUUGCAGAGCAGAAGCCGAAUAUGCCUUCCAGUUACGUCGACCAAUCAUACCUCUAAUAAUGGAGAGGGGUUACCGUCCUGAUGGAUGGCUGGGAUUUAUUUUAGGAGCUAAAUUAUUCUAUGAUUUUAGUGGAAAGUACAGUUUUGAAUCAAGAAUGGAUGGACUGAUCAAGGCUGUGAUGCAGAUUUAUGAUCCUCAAAGUGUGGGUGGGGACAGUGCUGGCCCAGGGGGUAAGGAUGUCAUGGCCCCACCCCCAGCUAUGGAUGAGGUUGAAGGCCCUCCCAUACAGAGACAGAGAGCUGUGAAGCUGUAUUCAAGCCCACAAAAACCAACAGAAGAAGAUGAAAAGGUUAAGAAAUGGACGUCACAGCAAGUUGGUACUUGGUUGAAAAAACAUAAUUUAAAUGGGAAUGCCAAGUUAAGUAAAUUAUCAGGAAGAGAAAUUGUCUUUUUACGGAAUCUUCGAGAAGAGGCUCCAGAAUUUUUUUACCAUACAGUUGAAGGAAAAUUAGGAGUAACACAACUUGGUGCCAUGGUGGACUUCACUGAAGCUAUCCACGAUCUCACAGUAUAG